AAUGGCCGCCCCCACGAAACCCUCGGCGACCUUUGGCCAACUUCCUGACCUAUCAGGGCUAUCCGAGGCCGAGCGGGCCCAGGUCAUCGCAGUCAUGGAGCGAGCACAGGAAUUUGAACGGAAAGAAGAUGUAAAAAAUACCAGCGGCCAGCCAUCCAGAAAGGCUCACGAAGGUCAGCUGUUGAAGUACACAAAUGUGAUGAAAGGCUGGCAGCCUCGGUUCUUCGUCCUGGAGCCGGAGUCGGGGAUGCUGGAGUACUUCGAGAAAGAGGAGCAGAAAAAACAAAGACCAAGGGGAUCGGUUCAUCUCGCAGCUGCUGUCAUAUCCCCAUCAGAUGAAGAUGGACAGACGUUUACAGUCAAUGCUGCUAAUGGGGAAAUAUUCCGACUUAGAGCCCUGGACCCCAGGGGGAGACAACACUGGGUGGACCGACUGCGGGUAACUGCUGAAUACCAUACAGCCACCAUAGCACAGAAAAAGAAAAAAAUUCCUGGUCUCCAGCAGGCGCCACCUGUGUCUCGACACGACUCUGGUGGCAUGCCAAUUGUGACGCCCCCGGCCAAAGACAAUCUCCUGGUGAGACGACUCGACAACUCCCUCAAUAAGAAGUCACCCGUAGAGGCGGAGGACAACCAGCCCACUUCAAUGACUGUCAGAUCCCAACACAAGGUAGUGCAGCCUGGUAAACAGGACUCGUUCAAGGACGUGAGGGAAUACAUAUCGGAGGCUGACGAUUACAGUAGGCACCUAGCCAACAAAAUAAGUAGUUUACCAUACACAUCAGGGUUUCUGACCGGCAUAGAUAAGGAAUUACUUCUACUUAAAGCAACAUCCUCGGCUACAAUCCUGUGCCUGGAGCAGUGCUUAGCUAUACUCCAGAACACGCAGGCGGGACAGUUCUCAGCUCCGCCCACCCCCCAGCCUCCGGAGAGAAAGCCGGGGCCUCUAGAAGGGAGUCGGUCAAGUGGUCAGCUGACUGUCCCCUCCCCCACAGAGAGCUUCACCUCGGCCAGUUCUGUCCCCUACACCUUCACAGACCAGAGGGUGGAAGGUCCGGUGAACCACGACGACGAGGUGGAGGACGAGGCGGAGUACAAGGACUCCGAGCUGGGCGGAGUAGAAGAACAUAAAAGCAUAAUUUUACAUCUCUUGUCUCAGCUGAAGCUGGGCAUGGACUUAACUAAGGUUGUUUUACCGACAUUUAUAUUAGAAAAAAGGUCCUUACUAGAAAUGUUUGCUGACUGUAUGGCCCAUCCAGACAUAUUCCUCAAAAUCCCCGACUUAGAAGAACCCGAGGACCGGAUGCUGGCGGUUCUCGAGUGGUACCUGACUUCCUUCCAUGCCGGCAGACAGGGUUCAGUGGCGAAGAAGCCAUACAACCCGAUUAUUGGGGAGACGUUUCACUGUUCGUGGAGGAUACCCAACACUGUGAUAGCUGGUGACAAUGACAGCGUUUCAGACAUGGACGUUAGUGACACCAAGACAACAUCAUCUGCGACACAACUAGUCUACUGUGCUGAACAAGUUUCCCAUCAUCCACCUGUAUCUGCCUUCUACUUUGAGUGCCCUGAGAAACAAAUGUGCAUGAACGCCUCCAUCUGGACCAAGUCCAAGUUUAUGGGAAUGUCGAUCGGCGUUGUCAUGGUCGGCAAAGUGCACCUCCAACUGCUGAGUCACGGAGAGGAAUACACCUUCACCCUCCCCAGCGCCUACGCCCGCUCCAUCCUCACCGUCCCCUGGGUGGAGCUUGGGGACAAAAUCAACAUCAACUGUGAGAAGACUGGUCUCACUGCUUCCGUCGUCUUCCACACAAAGCCUUUCUACGGGGGCAAGCUGCAUCGGGUGUCGGCUGAGAUGAGGAACAACAACACGGGGAACGUCUCCUGGAAAGCGCAGGGGGAGUGGAACUCCAACUUGGACUUCUCGCAUCUGAAUGGGGAGUCGAAGUCAGUGGAUGUUCAACAGUUGAAGAUCUGGAGAAAGAGGGUGCGACCGUUGGCUUCUCAGGGCGAAUAUGAGUCUCGGAGAUUAUGGCAGCAUGUGACGAAUGCUCUGAGGAUAGGAGACGUCAGCACAGCAACAGAACAUAAACGAUUUCUUGAAGAUCGACAGAGAGAAGGAGAGAGGCAUCGAAAAGACACAAACACACAGUUCCCAUCAAAGUUCUUCCAUCGAAGCGGUGACAGUUGGGUGUACAACUCGGUCCUACAGACGGAGCAGUCAUCGGGCACAGUGUAGUACUUACAUCGUCACGUCACUGUACGAAUCACAAAGCUGACUUGGUGCAAGAAAAUCUGUGAUGUCUCCACCCCCUUGAUUUCAUCAUAGUGUCUUUCUAUACCCAAGAAUAUUCCACUUUCAUAACUGUGCCGUGUUUUUGUCAAACAUAUUGAAUCAGGAUUUAUUCUCCCUGCCAGGUCCUUGUUUUGCAUAUCAUGAAGAUAUUUGAAGAAUAUUUUUAUUCAAUUAUUUAUUAUUGAUAGUUUCCUGUCAGAGCUGUUGGAAUGGUUGGUUGUAAUUUAUCAAGAUUUUCAAAGGUGUGUCAUUGUGACUUUGUUUUUAAAACUUUGAGUCUUUUGUCUUCGUUUUCAGCCAUCUUUGCAAAUGGAUGCCUAAAUUGCUUUUUUCCCUACCUGAAUAGCAUAUCAUUUCUUCAUAACUUGUAAGUGCUCAAAGUAGUGUUUAGAGACUUAGACAACAUUUAUGUUUAUUUUUUUUAUGUUGUGUCCCAGUUGUCUGGGGCCCCAGAAUUUGCUAAUCAGAGUUGCCUCCCUUAGGUGUGCUAUUGUCAUGUGAUCAUGAGAUCCAAUACAAAAUUCACUCUGUAAUAUUUCUAGGUUUGUCAGCACCAUACUUGUGCUUGGGGUUCAACCAACUAGGUAAAUGUCUAUGAUCUGGUCGUGUAGGCUCCCCUUACACCAUGUACACUGCUGUUACACCAGGGUAUAUCUGAGUAAAAAGUUCUUCAAAGCAGGGUUAAACCAACUCACACACUCCUUCUUUGAUAGGCAUUUAGAAGUUGGAGUACUAAGUAAGGAUAAGAAUUUAUGGAUGCACAACUUCUUUAUUACAAUUAAGAACAACGUUUCGGUGUAGGUUCUAACACCGUUAUCAAGCAAGUGUUAGAACCUAGACCGAAACGUCGCUCUUAAUUGUAAUAAAGAAGUUGUUCAUCCAUAAAUUCUUAUCCUGACUUAACUCACACACUUGCUAACUAUUUUAUCUGGUUUGUAUUUGUUUAUAGACUGCACCAUUAUAAGUUUGGUGGCAUUGUUAUAUUAGAACCCUGUUCUGCCAUAUGAUUGAGAGUAUAUAUUACAUAUUACAAUUUUAGACUAGUUAUUGACCUGCUAAUUGCAUUGUCCCAUAUACAACCAAUUAACAAGCAACUGUGUGGUUGUAAAAUGCAGUGAAAAAAGUGAUUGCUUUUUAUCCAAAUGUGUGGUCAUUUAAUAAUGUCAUGUUAAUGCUCGUAUUGAUAAUGUCAAUCAUGUUAAUAAUGAUUAUAUUAUUUUUGGAAAAUUACGAAUUCAGAUGCUAUGCCAUAUAUUCCAUAUGUCCCCAGUUUGGGCUCGGCGCCUCUGAGACUGGAGUGCGGACCUCUAACAUGGAUAACAAUGGCUAGAACACUAUUCACUCACUCACUCACCAUGACUGACUGAUUGUACUUGAAUGAUACGGAACUCAGGUAAAUGUUUGAUAUUACCAAAGAAUAGAAAGCGCCAUGACCAUAUUGUAGGUUGUCCUAGUCUGCAGGGGUAGAGGCCAUUGGUUAUAUCCAGCUGGUCUGCAGCAGAUUUCGUAUCAGUGGUUAUGUAAAAUAGACUAGUCCAUCUAGAUUGUUACUGGUCUCGGACUCCUGGACCAGUGGCUGUGUCUUUCCCCGGUGUUUGGUAGGAGAGAUGGUUAUCUUUCUAGAACCUGCGUUUGUAUUCAGACUAGCCCAGGUGUGCUUGCCAUAGUAACAGAUCAGCCUGUGUCAGAGAGGAACGUCAGUCUAAAAUUCUUCAUAGACAGCCUGUGGUAGUUAUAACUAUGUGUAAGGUGUUGCUUGUACUUGUACAGUGAAACCUUGUAAAUCCAGACAAUAAUGUUCCUUCUGUCCAGAUAAUCAGAUUUCUGGUUUGAUGAAGCGGGUUGCUGAGUAAUGUCACUUUGUACACGUUACCCACUCCCUGCAGUAACCGUUGGGUUGCAGAUUAACAGGUUCCGGACUAUCAAGGUUUAACUGUUCUAUGAAGAAAUAUGAAUAUUCAGAAUGAUAUAAGUAUGAAUGUAUCUGCUUGACACAAUCAAGUGCAUAUACUGCUUUAAGAUGUAUGUAUUGUACAAAUGAACUUCUAUAUGAAAAUGUAACUUGUGUUAUGUCGGACUGAUAUUGUAUGAAAGUGUAAAGGUGCCCGAUUGUGAUAAUCUUGUACAUAUAUACAUAUGCAUUGUAUCUGUAGCACCUGUAUACAUACACACCUUUCCUGGAAUACAUUGACAGGGCUUGUUUUCUGCUGCACAUCGCAGGGACCGGUGCCCGUGGAACACCCAAUCUCAUUCAAAUCUGAUCUUUCACUUCGAUACGAUACCUCCCACCAUCAGAUCGCCUGUGUGGUGUAGUGGACAGAGAAUUUGGUAGACGCUUUGUGGUUCGAUCCCCUGGCUGCGUCAUACCAAAACACAUUAAAAGAUGGUACAUGUUGUUUCCCUGCCUGGCGUUCCAAAUAAAGGGAGUCAGGUUAAUGUGUUUGGGUUGGGUAUCCAUGUUAAACGGAGGCAUGUUUUCUCAGGCAAUCACAAUGAAGCUGGUAUUAGUCCGGACUAGUACAAGGAGAUGCACACACAUGCAUGUUGCUGUAUAAGUGUAAUAAUCUUGAUGCGACAAUAAACCCCUCUUCACCUCACCUUACCUCACCUCCGUAGAAGGUCACAUCAAGUCAUCCCUGGAUGAACUUUGACCUGCCAGUCUAAAUAAAGGUUGUGCAGGUUCUUGAGCCAGUCAGUCUAAGUUCAUGCUGUUCUGAAUGCUUUGCUUACUUAAUUUAGAAGCCUACAUGCUGAUCGGCUCAUUAGAAAAUUCCCCUGCCAUGACCUAUGGAGGUGUUGUCAGAUCUUCUCAAAGAGAGGUAUCAUAUCGGUGUCAAAUAUCUGAUUUUAGUGAGCUAGCUGGAAGAUUAUGACACAAUCUCAUUAAAAUCAGAGUUCUUGUUACUGCUAAACAAAGAUCUGAGGACAUCCCAUUACAGGUUACAUCAGAACGACCUUUCAUCCGACUAAUCAGAGGAUCAGAAAAGUGACAGUCGUAAUGUGUUUUCUAAUCAUGCAACCUUCAGUUUUCACGUUUUUAAAUGAGAAUUUGUCAAAAUAGGUUUCGAAGCGUAGUCGCCAGUUUGAAACCAGUGCAGUAAAGCAAGAGAAACCUGCCUUCUGAUUGGCUAAUAUCGACUUCUUGUCAGUUAUUCCAUUGGUCAGUCAAAGUUCGCGAAAGGUAGUUCUGAUGUGACCUGUAAUGGGAUGUCCUCAUAUUUCUGUUUAGCAGUAGCGAGAAAUGAGAUUCUAAUAAGAUUGAUAAUGACACAAGUGUGGUGUAGCGAUUCCCCGAAUUGUCGGUGCUUUGCAGUACUCUGUGCUGCAAUAUAUAUAGGUUUCAGAGGAUUUGAAACAAGUAUACAUCAUGGUGGCGUGUAAAGUCUUAAGUCACUGGUUUAUUAAUGGACUCAAACCGACUAAAUGUUUUUAUUGGGCUGCUAUUCAUUCCUUGAUGAUGGAACUGUUUUCUGUGUCACGUUUUCAUGCAUUGUGUUGUGUUUUGCUACUGUUGAGGGAUGUAUCAUAUCGCGGCGAAGUGCAUCGCCACAGCCCUACCUCGAGGAUGUGGUAUGGAGGGUGUUCCGUGUGACUCAUAUUUGCACGUUCAGCAUAAUUCUGGUUGCAAUGAGAUUGGUACAUGUGUACAUAGGACAUAAAGUAAACCAAGGUUCAUCUGAUGUUCCCAACAUGCAUUUGUGUACUUAACAUCAUUAGUACUGUGCUUAACAUCAUUAGUACUGUGCUUAGCAUCAUUAGUACUGCGCUUAGGAUCAUUAGUACUGUGCUUAGCAUCAUUAGUACUGUGCUUAGCAUCAUUAGUACUGUGCUUAGGAUCAUUAGUACUGUGCUUAGCAUCAUUAGUACUGUCCUUAGGACCAUUAGUACUGUGCUUAGCAUCAUUAGUACUGUGCUUAGGAUCAUUAGUACUGUGCUUAGGAUCAUUAGUACUGUGCUUAGCAUCAUUAGUACUGUCCUUAGGACCAUUAGUACUGUGCUUAGGAUCAUUAAUACUGUGCUUAGCAUCAUUAGUACUGUGCUUAGCAUCAUUAGUACUGUGCUUAGGACCAUUAGUACUGUGCUUAGGAACAUUAAUACUGUGCUUAGGAUCAUUAGUACUGAGCUUAGGAUCAUUAGUACUGUGCUUAGCAUCAUUACUGUGCUUAGCAUCAUUAGUACUGUGCUUAGCAUCAUUAGUACUGUGCUUAACAUCAUUAGAACUGUGCUUAGCAUCAUUAGAACUGUGUAUUGUACAUUACUUCUGUGUUUACAUAUUUAGUACUGUGUGUACAUCAUCAGUACAAGGGUGACAUCAUUAGUGCUCAGUUAAAAUAAUUACCUAAUCUGCCGUAAUAAGUGCCGCAGACGCUUAAACAUUGACAAAAUUGUGUGGGAACAAACUUUUUUUUAUGAUUUUUUUAUGAAAGGUUACUCGGCAAUUAUUCCUCUUCUACACUGCUUUUUUUAUAAGAAAAAUGUGUAAUAUACACAAGACACUAAUGGAUUGUCAUAUUCCUACAUGGUCUUACACAGUGGCACUUGUAAGAAUACUUAGAGAUUAGUUUAGAAGUAUAAGGCACCUUUAGGAGCAGGGCGCUCAAUACAGCGAAUAUAGUACUAAUAUGUUACUGUUAAGAUCACAAGCAUUGAAAGUACUGAUGUUUACAUAUUUACCUGAUGUUACUUAACAUCAGUACUGUGAACAUCACAUGCUCUUACAUCUGUAUACACUAUUGGAAUAAUCGAGAAUCUCCAUGUAGAUAGCGUAAGCCAGACAGUGUCACAUGUACCAGCAGUGUAGCAGAGUAUGCCAACACCAAUCUCCAUACAGUGUUGUCAUGAUGAUAGUGUAAGCCAGACAGUGUCAGAUGUACCAGCAGUGUAGCAGAGUAUACCAACACAAAUCUCCAUACAGUGUUGUCAUGAUGAUAGUGUAAGCCAGACAGUGUCAGAUGUACCAGCAGUGUAGCAGAGUAUACCAACACAAAUCUCCAUACAGUGUUGUCAUGAUGAUAGUGUAAGCCAGACAGUGUCACAUGUACCAGCAGUAUAGCAGAGUAUACCAACACCAAUCUCCAUACAGUGUUGUCAUGAUGAUAGUGUAAGCCAGACAGUGUCAGAUGUACCAGCAGUGUAGCAGAGAAUACCAACACAAAUCUCCAUACAGUGUUGUCAUGAUGAUAGUGUAAGCCAGACAGUGUCACAUGUACCAGCAGUGUAGCAGAGUAUGCCAACACAAAUCUCCAUACAGUGUUAGUGAAAGAGUAGUAAUGUCAGAAGUACAAAGCAGUGUAGCAGAGCAUAGACGUGUAUAUUCCUAGUUCUGUUAGCAUGGUGUGUAGAGGUGUGUCCAUGGCUAUUGUGUCGUGAUGCAUUAACAAGACGGAUACACUGAUUCACAAGGGUUGUCGUGAUGCAUUAACAAGACGGAUACACUGAUUCACAAGGGUUGUCGUGAUGCAUUAACAAGACGGAUACACUGAUUCACAAGGGUUGUCGUGAUGCAUUAACAAGACGGAUACACUGAUUCACAAGGGUUGUCGUGAUGCAUUAACAAGACGGAUACACUGAUUCACAAGGGUUGUCGUGAUGCAUUAACAAGACGGAUACACUGAUUCACAAGGGUUGUCAUGAUGCAUUAACAAGACGGAUACACUGAUUCACAAGGGUUGUGAUGAUACAUUAACAAGACGGAUACACUGAUUCACAAGGGUUGUCAUGAUGCAUUAACAAGACGGAUACACUGAUUCACAAGGGUUGUCAUGAUGCAUUAACAAGACGGAUACACUGAUUCACAAGGGUUGUCAUGAUGCAUUAACAAGACGGAUACACUGAUUCACAAGGGUUGUGAUGAUACAUUAACAAGACGGAUACACUGAUUCACAAGGGUUGUGAUGAUACAUUAACAAGACGGAUACACUGAUUCACAAGGGUUGUCAUGAUGCAUUAACAAGACGGAUACACUGAUUCACAAGGGUUGUCGUGAUGCAUUAACAAGACGGAUACACUGAUUCACAAGGGUUGUCAUGAUGCAUUAACAAGACGGAUACACUGAUUCACAAGGGUUGUGAUGAUACAUUAACAAGACGGAUACACUGAUUCACAAGGGUUGUGAUGAUACAUUAACAAGACGGAUACACUGAUUCACAAGGGUUGUCAUGAUACAUUAACAAGACGGAUACACUGAUUCACAAGGGUUGUGAUGAUACAUUAACAAGACGGAUACACUGAUUCACAAGGGUUGUCAUGAUACAUUAACAAGACGGAUACACUGAUUCACAAGGGUUGUCAUGAUACAGACUACACUAAACCCUCAUGUAACUAGUAGUCCUAGCAGAGAAGAUGCAGGUCCAAUGUUGAAUAGUGGAAUAUUAAGAGAGAGAUUACUUCAUUGUUAUUUUGGUUAGGAUUUUUAAAUUUAUCUUUCGUUGGACAAAUGGGUUGCCUUUAUAAAAUUACUUUCUUCAGGCAAUUGUAGACUUUGCUAUUAUGAUAUUAUUUUCUUCAUUAGACUCAUUUCCCUGGGUUCUGCAAAGUAAUCUUAGUGCUUAGAUGAUUACAUGUCUGUGUUAACGAAUGUGAAUUGAAAAGACAUAGCCAUAAGAUCACUGUGUGGAAUGGGCCAAGGCCUGUUCUUAGCACUGACUGGGGGCACAGGUAGCCUAGUUGUCUAAAGCGCCGCAAUUCGCUGUGCAGAGUUGCGUCCCUUGGGCAUGCCAGAAACCUUUGAUUGUGGGUUUGAAUCCCAGUUCGCCCCGAUUAUGUUUCUAGGUUUGUCAGAA